GGAAAAGUCAUAUUUUGUGGAAACUGUUUUGAAAGAUGAUGGACUUUGCAUGAAGCAUUUUUGUCAGCAUGCGGGGGCGAAUCAGACUCUGACAGCCUCACACAGCAGAGCCUGUCUGACGGAGAAGAGCAGCUGGACCGCCUCCAGCAGGCGGAGCUCACUCGAAACGCAUGCAUGUCACUGUGGAGGGCAGGUGCAGUCCAGGCCUGGCUGGAGGUUGUCAUGGGAAUGCCCAUGUACAUCCGUGCCUGCUCUGAAAACGUCAAAAGUGGCAAGGUGCUGCUUGUCCUCACAGAUGAGGAUUUAGAGCUGGGUCUGGGUAUCAGUAACCCAAUUCAUCGCAGGAAACUAAGACUGGCCAUCGAGGAUUACAGGAAAGCUGAAGGGGACCAAGGACUAUCAAAAGCAUCUGAGAUGGAGCAUCACUGGGUUGCAACAACAUGGCUGAGUGAUGUGGGGCUGCCUCAAUACUCCCAAACUUUCCAGACUCACUUAGUGGACGGACGGGUGCUGAACUCUCUCAGCCGCAGAGACCUGGAGAGAUUCCUCAACAUCAGUGACCAGUUUCACCAGACCAGUCUACUUCUGGCAAUCCAGCUCCUACAGAUGCUCAGCUUUGAUAAGGAGGCCCUGCAGGCACGGCGGGCAAAAUGCGAGCACCAAGACCGGGACCCCAUUGUUUGGACAUGUCACAGAGUAAUGAAGUGGAUUAGAGACAUAGAUCUCAAGGAGUUUGCAGACAAUCUUCAGGGUAAAGGGAUUCACGGUGCUGUGAUGGCUCUGGACCCGUCCUUUGACACAGAUGCCAUGGCCAAAGCCUUGGGGAUCCCCAGCAACAAACACAUGCUGCAUCGGCACCUUUAUGAAGAGAUGAAAUCACUCGCUGUGCCUCACAGCAAUGCAGAGCAGAGCCUUGAGGUUGUCAGUUCCUCUUCGCCUGUGGCUGUUAAACGCUUUGCUGAAGAGAGGGUGUCUAUGAGAAGAUCAGGCAAGAGUCCGCUGAGGUUACGUGCAAACAGCCACUCGGUGGAGCGAAGUCACGGCUUCCACGGCAGCUGCGGCUCUCUGCCCAGAGAGGCCAGAGUUCAGGCUGUGCCCCGGGCCAAAGGCAGCCCAAUGCACACCUACAAGAGUGUGGAGAUCACCAACGUCUGAACCACU